AUGGUUAUGGCACCUUCUGCUAUCCAUGUUGACUACAAUGAAAUUAUCACUUUGAGUGAUAGGAAACUUGAUCUCAUCAACCACAACCAUGACGUUGAAUCCGAUGUGACUGGCUUUGCCUCAAAGGCGUUGAUUCAGAAGGUGAUGAAGGAGCAGAUUGCUCGCAUCGAUCCGGAUACCUGUGAGCCCGGAGAGGAGGAUGCGUUCUAUGUCGCCGAUCUUGGCGAAGUUUACCGCCAGCACCUUCGCUGGAAACUCAACUUGAGCAGGGUCAAACCCUUUUAUGCCGUCAAGUGCAAUCCGGAUAAGGAGGUGCUGCGUCUCCUGGCCCAAUUGGGCACAGGAUUCGAUUGUGCGUCCAGGGCCGAAAUCGACAUGGUCCUCGAUCUUGGCGUCUCACCCAAUCGCAUUAUCUAUGCCCAACCCUGCAAGACAAAGUCCUACUUGCGCCACGCCCGCAAAGUCGGCGUCACUCAAAUGACCUUUGACAAUACCGACGAACUUUACAAGAUCAAAGACUCCUUCCCCGACGCCGACCUGGUUCUUCGAAUCUCCACCGAGGACUCUGCCAGUCUAUGCCGCUUGAGUGUCAAGUAUGGCGCCAGCAUGCAAGAUGCAGAGACUCUCCUCCGUCUAGCUCGUGAUCUCGACUUGAACAUCGUCGGCGUGAGCUUCCACAUUGGCUCUGGCGCGAGCGAUCCGAACUCAUUUGCAAACGCUGUCAAGGAUGCUCGUCAUGUUUUUGAUCGAGCCUCGCACUUUGGAUUCGACCUGAAGUUGUUGGACGUCGGCGGAGGAUUCGUCGACGAGACGUUCGAGAUGUUUGCCAGCAACCUGAAUGAAGCCCUCGAAGAGCAUUUUCCUCCUCACAUUCGAGUCAUCGGCGAACCAGGCCGCUACUAUGCCUCUAACGCCUUCACUCUGGCAACCAACAUUAUUGCUCGCCGUGAAGUGACGGUGGAUCGGACCGGAGAGAAGGGGUACAUGCUGUACUUGAACGAUGGUGUCUAUGGCAACUUCUCCAACAUCAUCUUUGAUCAUCAACACCCGGUCCCUCAGGUCUUUUCCAAGAAAUCACACAACACCAAACUCACCGAGUAUUCCAUCUGGGGUCCAACAUGCGACGGAAUUGACGUCAUUGCUGAACGUCACUUCUUGCCAGGUGUGCUUGACGCUGGUGACUGGUUGUUCUUUGAGAAUAUGGGAGCGUACACCCGCUGCUCCGCGACUAGAUUCAACGGUUUCCGUGAUGACCACGAGGUCAUUUACAUCUCCAGUGAACCAGGUGCCUCGGCUCUACUAGGCUAUUGA